CUUUUAACUAAGAUGACAACUUGUGAUUUUAAGUACAUGAUGGGCUCGUUAUUUUAUCAAGUAAGUAGACCACACAUUAUACUAUAAUUUGCACAAAGGCCACAGUUGUUAUUAUCCAUAUGUAGCCAACGACUCUGGGUAAAGGUAACUAAAAAAGAUAACUCCUCCCCCACUUGAGUCUCUUAUCCAAUCGGCACACGAUAAGGGCGUGGAGAAGUAAUGUUUACGUCUAGCUUGUUACGAAGUGGGACAGAGUGUAAACUGCACCUGUCACAAGGUCGGACAUACAGUAGAAGCACACUGGCAUUCAAAUGAGCCACUGCAAGACCGUGUAUAGGACGACUACUGUAAGAGCUGCCAUGCUGAGAAGAGGCAGGAACGGCCGGGCUCGGCAUUUGGCCUGGAGCGAAAUACGGCAAGAGACAGAUGUUAUGGCAGUGAUCCAGACGAGGGACAGGGAGGAAUGGGAAGGCCAGACGACGACACAGAUCAGCGGUGUGGAUUACCUGGAGAGUUCUCAGGCCGUAUCUGAGGCGGUUGCCCUGCCCAGCACAGUACCGGUGAUAGGGGACUCUUUCUGCCUGUGUGACCGACAGAAAGAGCUCGGCCCGGGCUUCUGUGUCACCAGUGACUGCCUCUGUGGGGAGGAGGAUGAGGGUUUUGACUGGGAGUGGGACGAGCACUACAAGUCUUCCGGAGCCUUCCUCAGCUGCAACAAAAGGAAGGUGAGUUUUCACUCUGACUACAGCUGCGGCACAGCUGCCAUCCGCGGCACCAAGGAGCUCUCAGACGGCCAACACUUCUGGGAAGUCAAGAUGACCUCUCCUGUCUAUGGAACCGAUAUGAUGGUGGGAAUAGGAACUUCAGAGUUGGACCUGGAGAAGUUCAAAUUCAGCUUUGGCAGCCUGCUGGGCCACGAUGAGAACAGUUGGGGGCUCUCUUACACAGGUUCCCUCCAGCACAAAGGGGACAAUGUGAAGUUCUCCUCUCGGUUUGGCCAGGGCUCCAUCAUAGGAGUGCACCUGGACACCUGGCAUGGCACCCUGACCUUCUACAAGAAUCGACACUGUUUAGGUGUUGCUGCCACUAGGCUGCAGAACAAGAAGUUCUACCCCAUGGUGUGCUCCACAGCAGCUAAAAGCAGUAUGAAGAUUAUCCGUGCCUGCUAUACACCCACCUCCCUGCAGUACCUUUGCUGUGCCCAGCUCCGCCAAAUGUUGCCCUGCUGCCCCGAUGUACUAAAUGCUAUAGAGCUGCCCCCAGGCCUGCGCACCCUCCUGCACUUACAGCUGGGCUGGGUCUUCACCCUCAGCAGCAGCCCCGAAGCCUCGGAGCACGAGGAAUUGCUUGAGGAUUUCUACGAGGAGAUGAGUCUGCCUUCCAGCCCCAUCCCGAGCCCAGCCUCCACCCUGAGUGCCUGCGCCUCUCCAAGCCCCUGCACCAGCCCGUUUCUCGACACAGUCCCAUACCAGUGCUCCUGUCACAUGUCACCUCAAUCUCAACCCUGCACUUGCCACUGCCCUCCAACUCCUCCCAGCAGCGACUACGACAGCUGCUGCUCUGAGCCGGAGGAUUACCAAUGCAAAAGAAGCCGCUGGACAUGACCUAGUAGUCAAAAGGUAUUUGUAAGUGUUUGGCACACAGCUAUUCUACCAUUGCCAUCAACAUCUCCUGUUGGAAAACAAGAAGAGCAAUCUCAUUUAGCCAUUUUGUUCUCUACAUUUGGCGUGGAUUGUUUCUUGAUUUUUAUUUAUCAAGUUUGUGACGUUCAAACAACUUUGUCAUUGAAUGGGGAGAAGGGAGUGAGUGUGUAGCGUAUGAGACAUUUAAUGAAGUUGAGAUUUUAGAGUGACAUCUGGGUCAUUCAUUUGCAUUUUAGCCAAUUUCUAUCAUGGGGUUAAUGAUAACAAUGAUAAUAAUAAUUAUUAUAAUGAUAUGCCAGUCACUGUUUGGAAGGCCUAAUAUUUGCGAUUAGACUUUGACAAAAAACACACUGGAAAUCUUGUGAAAGUGUACACUUGUUAUUCUCAGGGACAGACUCCAGGGGGAAAGGAGUUGCUUUUUUGAUACUCUGGAAAAGACUUUUUGUAAAUGUGUUUUGUAAUCAGCAUUUGGCUUGAAUAUCAAUGGUGAUGGUGUUCUUGCUCACAAGAGGAUUUGUUUUUCUAUUUACAGUUUGUUAACUUUCUUACUCAGGAAAUUCUCUAAAAUAAAACAAAAAUGAAAAGUU